UCAUCAAUUUUGUUGUUUGUUGUCUCCCUCCAAAAUUUCCUGAGGUGCUCCAGUAGGGUUAGGGUUUUUGCUCGCUCUGUUACGAUUUCAUUCUGCUGCAAAUCAAAUGGCCAGGUACAGAAGCCGGAGCUACAGCCCCCGUCGCCAUAGCAGAACUCCACCGCGUGGCCAGAAGCGGUACGAUGAUGAUCCUCGUGAUCGCUAUCACGAUGCCCGGUUCCGUAGAGACCGCCGCUCUCCUGCCCCGUCUGGCUUGCUCGUUCGCAAUCUUCCUCUCGACGCCAGGCCAGAAGAUCUCCGGGCUCCUUUUGAGCGUUUUGGUCAAGUGAAGGAUGUAUAUCUACCAAAAAAUUAUUAUACUGGGGAGCCACGAGGCUUUGGUUUUGUAAAGUUUCGAUAUGCUGAAGAUGCUGCUGAAGCAAAACAAAGAAUGAAUUAUCAAGUUAUCGGUGGACGUGAGAUAAGAAUUGUUUUUGCUGAGGAGAAUAGGAAAACUCCCCAAGAAAUGGGGAGUUCCCGCAUGAGGUGUUGCAGUGUCUACAUUUAUUUUUAUUUUUACUUUUUUUCCCUCUUAUGUUUCUGUUAUUCUGCCCUUCCUGUGAAUUAAAAUGAGAUAUUGAUUUCAUCAACUGUGAUUGACUCUUUCUUCCAUGUAAAGUGGUCGAUAUGGAGGAAGCUACAGAAGAACUCCACCAAGGUCUCCAAGACGCCAAUAUCACUCUUACUCACCCUCACCUUCACCAACUGGGCAUGAUUCAAGAUAGUAAAGUGAAAAGAGGGAGACUUUAAAGACUUCUGGGUAAAUAAAGAUUAAAGAGAAAAGUGAUCAUAAAGUGAUGGACAUGAUUAUCUUUCUGUCAAAGCUUCUCCAUUAGUGUUGUCAAAUUCCAUCUUCACCAGAUAUUGUCCACAAAUUGCGAGGAAUCCUAUUCUUUUACUCUUGGUUUGUGAGGCAUGCUGUCAUUGAAAGAACUGACUGACUAAACUUGUUGUGGGAUCAAAAGAGUCAGAGGGGUACCUAAUGUUUUCCAUUUAAUCUUAACAUUUAAGUAAUCUUUUGAUAAGAAAUUUGUUAAGCUUAAUAUCUUCUUUUGCAUAUACUAUCCAGUUAAGAAAGAACAUAGAGCUUAUCUUUGGUCAAAGAAAGAAUCAUCUUCAUACAAUGGAAGGCUAUCAAAGUUUUACUGGUAGAAGUUUGUUGGCAUUGUCCAAGAAAAAAGAUAAUAUGAGGUUAUAGAAAGUUGAGGCAUAGAGCUAUGGAGUCAGAUGCUGAUCCACCAGCACAACAUUAGAGAGCUUAACUCUCACAAUAUUUGGUUCCAGCUCUUAUAAUUUUGUUAUGAAACCUGGAAGGUGCAGGGUUCGAGUAAGAGAUUAUUAUCACUCUCCCAGGCAAUCUAGAUCUGUUUCAGGAGAUCGUGUAGUGAAAGAUGAUUAUCACUCUCACAGGCGUUCUAGAUCAGUUUCAAGGUCGUAUUCUCCACGUGAUGAGAGGGAAUAUAGGUCAAGCUAUAGGUCCCCAAGUCCAAGGGGGAGUGGUUGGGGUCCCCAUGAUGAGAUGGACCAUGCACCGAGGUCAAGCAGGCCAAAGGGUGAUGGUCACAGUCCUUCAAGGUCUUGAUCAUGAUCCUUCAGGUAGCCGCUGAUUUUUUUUUUGACAGUAAUCUACUACCUAUCUGGUGUACAAUCAUUGAAAUUAUAAUUUGCAUCCAUUUCUCUACAUUCCUCGUUAAUGGGUAUACAGGUUCCAAUUGUCUCCUGAUGCUGCUGGCAUGCUUGCUGCUGGAAAAUGUGAUUGAUAGUUUUAUGCAGAUGAGGGAUGUGUUCAAAAUUCUAGUAGCUUGUAUUCUAGCACCAUAAGCAGCACCAGCUGCUUGAUGGAUUUUAAAAUUUUUACUUAUAAAUAUGACUCCGGCAUCAUAUGAAUCUUGCGUUCAAUUACCUAAACUAUAGUUUAUGGUUGUCAGCGUAUGAUCAAAAUAUCAA